AUGUUACGCACUGCAACCAGAUUCAACAGAGUAUCGAGAGUCGCAAGCCCUGCGCUUCGUCGUUUCAACUCUUCCAAGGUCAUUGAAAUCGAGAACUUGAAGCAAUUUCAAAGCACAAUCGGGAACAAAGACAAGCUCUCAGUUGUUGACUUCUAUGCUACUUGGUGUGGUCCAUGUAAAGCGGUUGCUCCAAUCUUUGAUAAAUUGGCACAGGAGCUCCCUGAGGUUGAGUUCGCCCGUGUGGACGUUGAUAAGGCUGAGGAUGUUGCCCACGAAUACGCCAUUCUGGCAAUGCCAACCUUUUUGAUGUUCCAGAAUGGCGAGAAAAUCGAGAGUAUCGUUGGUGCCAAUUUGGGCAAAAUCUUCAGCUCCAUUCAAAAACACUCAGGUGUUGACCUCAGCACCAAGAAUCUCCGCUAA